CAUUUUGAAGGUCUGGUUGCAAUGUGUGGUAAGUUGCUAACUUCUACUGCAGAUGGCGGUAUUUCACACCUUCAUUGCACUCCCCUUUUCCAAGACAUUUCCUCCCAAAAUAUAACGGAGAUUGAGAAGUUCUGGAAGUCCACAAGUUUGAGUUAGCUGACGUUUAGCUUCCCCUUUUCUGACUCAGUCCCUCCAGCCGAUAGGAUGAGAGGAAGUUCGCCGUAGAGAAUAUCAUUUUAUAUCGAAACUGCUAAUUUUUGAAUUCAUCACUGAAAUGUGCUAACUUACAGAAGUUAUCAAGAAGUUUGGCGUUUUUAACGACUUUCCAGCUUGAAGGUUGAUCAUCUCCUGUCUAAUCCAGAACAUCUUUCAUCAUGGGUGACUGGAGUGCGCUGGGGAAACUUCUUGACAAGGUCCAGGCGUACUCCACAGCAGGAGGCAAAGUCUGGCUCUCCAUCCUCUUCAUCUUUAGGAUCCUGGUCCUGGGGACGGCGGUGGAGUCCGCCUGGGGAGACGAGCAGUCGGCGUUCAAGUGCAACACGCUGCAGCCCGGCUGCGAGAACGUGUGCUACGACAAGUCAUUCCCCAUCUCCCAUGUGCGCUUCUGGGUGCUGCAGAUCAUUUUUGUGUCCAUGCCGACCCUCCUGUACCUCAGCCAUGUCGUGUUCCUCAUGCACAAGGAGGAGAAAUUGAAUAAAAAGGAGGAGAUAUUACAAGACAUCCAGAGCAAGGGAGGAGAUGUGGAUGCACUCUUGAGGAAAAUUGAAAUGAGGAAGUUCAAGUACGGCCUGGAAGAUCACGGGAAGAUCAAAAUGAGAGGAGGGAUAUUUUACACAUAUAUACUGAGCAUCGUCUUGAAGUCCAUAUUUGAAAUUGUUUUCCUGUUGAUUCAGUGGCACCUUUAUGGAUUCACGCUGUCGGCCGUUUAUACGUGUCAAAAGUUCCCCUGUCCACAUAAAGUAGACUGCUUUUUGUCUCGUCCCACCGAGAAGACGGUUUUCAUCAUCUUUAUGUUGGUCGUUUCGCUGGUCUCACUGGCCCUCAAUGUCUUCGAGUUUUUUUACGUGAUUUUCAAGAGGAUGAAGGAUCGAUUCAAAGAGUCAGAGAAAAACUUUGAUAGGGCCUGCCAUAUCAAGCCUUGCCCAAGGAACUUGUCCAGUUACGGGUAUUAUAACGACUGCUCGGCCCCCGUUCCUAAUCUGGGCUAUAACCUAAAUACGGGUGACAAGUCCAACUCCUCUGACAAUUAUGACAAGCAGGCUAAUGAGCAAAACUGGACUAAUUACAGUACAGAACAGAACCAGCUGGGUGACAUCCAGCACUUUCCGUAUUCUGAGAAAGUGGCUCUGGGGAAGGAUCUUCUGCUGCUCAAAGAGCUUGAACCUCGACCUAGUAGUCGAGCGAGCAGUCGGGCCCGGCCGGAUGAUCUUGACAUCUAGCAGACCCCAUGGACUAUUUCUACCUUUCACAAGUGGUGAAUAUAUAUAUA